GUGGAGAACUACUGGGAAACACAAUUGAAGAUGUCUACACCAAUAUUGCUUGACGUUCCACAGUCAAGUGCGUGGAAGUUACUCAACGCAGAAUCCUUAGUGACGGACCCCGUCGAGGAUGCAAAUAGAGACAUCGUGAACAACGGCAUCCCUGGUGGCGUAGAGGUUGCUGAGAGUCUAAGAGAAAAGUAUCGUAGUCCUAGACGGCGGCUGAAGCAAGAUGCGUGGAUAAGAAAACAGGAAUGGCUGUGUGAACGGUUACGGUAUAGUAGGAAUGAUAGUUGUACUAAUGAUCUUCUUCAAGUAGAUGAGCAACAAGGGAAGAAUUACAGUGGACCACAAGGUCGUCAAGGAGAACCUUCAUCUUCGAAGACAGUGAAGAUUUCUGAUGGAGCAAGGAGAAAGCUUGGAGGUCGUGAAGAUGGAAAAGCAGAAGAACAAAAUCCACGUGAUUGUGAAGCAGGUUUUCUCGACUCUCUAUACAGCAGUACCAACAUCUUCAAUCUCCGUGGUGAUGUGACAACUUCGUCCGAGGAAUCGAAACUGAAGCCAACUUCCUUUCCCACAAUAACCGACUCAUCAGAGAAAGGAAAGCUUAGUCCGAUGAUAAAAAGCAAGUCUAAGGGAGUCAACGAUCACCUGGCCUCAGAAGAAGACGAAGAAACCAAUCAUGGAGUAAUUCUGCGUGCAGCAAAAACAAGUUUUGGGAAUGUCAGGGCCGUUCGGCCAGAGCACUCUCUUUGGGGAACCGAGAACCCCUAUGAUUUUUGGACCGACUUCGUAGACGAGGAAUACUUAGCUUCUCCCCUAACCGACUACGCAGAAGACCAUAAAGACACGGUGUUUGAACGCAUUUUUGACGUAAUAGGCGUGCAGACCAGGUUUUACGUGGAGAUCGGCACUGGUCUCGGCACCGAGUGCAAUUCGAGAUAUUGGCGGGUCCUGAGGGGAUGUUAAGGCUUGUAAAAGUAUUCGAAAACUCAAAAUAACCGAGUUACUGACUGAAAUAUGAGGGUCUUGACUAGUACACUCCUCUUCUUUCAGUAUCUCCCUUAUUUUCCAUAGUUACUCGGUUAUUUCAGUUUAUCGAAUAGUAAAACUUAAACUAACUGUCUUACAUGAUCAGUCCGCCACAGCAAGAGCUACAAGAAGGACGUGUCGUGUCCAAUCAUCACGUGAAAGAAAUAUUUGGAAUUAGUAUUCUAGAAUGAAAAAAAACCUAAAGGAAGUACGAAAAAUCAUGGAUCAUGCACGAUGAGCAAAGUAGUUUGUAUCACCUGCUCUACUACUUGCUUCUAAACUCCGGACGGCAUAAUGGGUGACGCAACUGGGGAGUUACCGCAGAUAGGCUUAGGCCAGGAAAUGGUGAACCCUGAUACAAUUGUAGACUGGAUGCGGAGUCAUAAGGUUCCUUCAACGUUUGACCUGCUUUCUAUCGAUGUCGACUCCUUCGACUGGCACUUGAUGCGCGCAGUGCUGUUGAGUGGAGAAUUUUUGCCCAGAGUGAUCGUUGUGGAGCAUACAAGACACGCACAUCCAACGAAUGCGAGAUACUAUUAUGGAAAGGAGGAAUUUGAAAGUGUUGUAUCGCGGGGUGUUCUUUGACUACUCAGAUUUUCGAUCAUGCAUUCUUCCUGCACGACGACCAGUUGUUCAUUCAAUCACAAGUGGAGAUUCUUCGUUGCUUAAUAGACAAUAUUACUCCGAGGACUUAUCCCUUUUAAUUCCACUCGCGCUACUGGAAUGCGACAAAAACAGCUAGAGCAGACGGCAAACGUGACGGCUACGGACGAGGCAUCUAUCAGUAUUGGAAGCACUAUGGCGCGAGUCUGGCGGCCUUUCUAGACCUCGGGAAGGCUUUCAACUACGAUUUGGUGUACUACUGCGACACUGACUUGGUUUUUGUCGCAAGGGAUUCCUAUUAUCAAGGUGGGCUGAAGAAGCAACUUGUAGUUCUUGCGGACGAAAGUGACGGCAUUGAUGACCUCCAAAGACAGAUUAUAGAUGAAGGUGGUGAACAACAAAGUACCUCUUCAUCAUCUUCUGCAGUAGCAUAUCUUGAACCUACAUCCAGGGCUGCCAGUAGACGACGUCGUAGGAGAAGACCACGAUCAAGAAGUUCUAAAACAAGUGGUGAAGCCACUUCCUACUGGACAGGAGAUUCUGGCAUAGUAGUCGGAGUUGGAGAACCUGGUGUAAAUGGGAUAUCUCAAGUGUUCCUCGACAAAAACGAUCCGGGCGUACUGUGGGAGGUGUUUGAUGCAGAACUACUAGUACUUGGAAGUUCAUCUACUUCGAAUGAGACUCGAACUAGUCCAACUUCUAGUACUUCAGAGGUGCCACCACGCAGGGAGAGGACGUCUGAAGACUACGAAGAAUCUCCCACCGUAACAACUUCAGACUCGUCUUCAUCUUCCGCCUCUUCAAAAAGGACUCCAAAAUCCGUCAUGCCUGCGAUGGGGUCGUUAUCCUACGACAUUAGACGUGCUGUGGGUGUUUCUGAUGGUCGUCGACCACGCUUCCUAGGUGUAAACGACAUCCAGCAGUUGUGCGUUUUUUAAGGACAAGAUGAUAACAAAAGACAGUCCUAUAAUUUCUUCUGAAAAAGAACUCAAAUCUCCUUAUGAUCCCUUGUGGUCCUUCUGUUUCAGUGUCUCCCUCUUCUAUUUCUGCUUCCCUCUUCCUUGACCUCCCUCUGCCUCCUUCUUGUCCCAUUCUCCUGCUUCUUUCCUCUAAUCCUUAUACCAGCAAAGUGCGAGGGCCGUGGCGCGUUCGAGGACGUAUCAAAAAGACGAGUCCUACUGCUUCUCGGACUCCUUAGCUUGGUCUCCAGAUGAAGUAUUACUGAAUUACUGGCCUCAUCCCCAGACACACUUUACUCCUGAAGAUUUAAGAGAUCCAAAUGUUAGGAUCUGAGGAAGACCGGAGGAAGAGGAAGAAGAUUUUCAGCUAUCUCUCAGAGUGCUUACUGCAAAUGUUAAUGUUGCUUUUUUUUGCAGGUUGAAUUCGAUCACACACCAAAGACAAGUAUCUGAGUUUCCAAAGAGUCAAUAAAUAUGCCUUUAUUACCGGUUACCGCUUGUUCUUCGAGCACGAAGGAAUUACGACGAGAAGAUAUCGAGAACAAAUUUAUAAACUUCAU